AUCCCGAGUAGUAAUGCUCGAAACAUAGAUGAUGUCGAAUUUGAAGAUGCUGAGGUCGAUACCGGACAUGAUGAUGCAGAGCAAUAUCGGAAUCCGACAUCAGACAACAACGUUACCUUAGACGAUCAGACUAAUGAAAGAUUGUAUAUCCCAGAGGUAGCUUCAUCAUGUGUUCCUGUUAUUGGAAUGGAGUUCUCUUCCAUAGAACAAGCAUAUGUUUUUUAUCAGACAUAUGCCAAGAAGGCAGGGUUCUCCGCUCGAAAAGGAGGUGAACAUCAUGUUGGUGGUAUUAUCAAGUCUAAAUAUUUUGUGUGUUCAAAAGAGGGGCAUAAACCACAGGUAUUUGAUGAGAAUUAUUCGAAGUUGUCUAAGCCAUAUAAACGUAGGAACAGACCGACUAUUCGAACCGGCUGUAAAGCACAAAUUAAGCUUUGUUCGACAGAUGGGGUGUUGUUUAAGGUUGAUAAGUUUGUUCAAUCUCAUAAUCAUUCAUUCGUGUGCCCCAAAGAUAUGCACUUAUUACCAGCUUAUAGACAUCUGUCUGAGACACAAGAAGAGAUGAUAUGGGAGCUUGGUACAUUGAAUCUUGGGCCAGUGAAAGCCUUUAAUAUAAUGAGAAAAAGAUACGGAGGGUUUGAAAAUGUAGGCGCAACUAAAGACGAUUGCAAGAAUUUUAGAGCUAGGAUACAUAGCUACAUCGGACAGUAUGAUGCAGAUAUGGUUAUCAAUAGGUUGACCGAUAAAAAGCAGUUUAUGGUUGAUUAUUCAUUCUUUCAUUCGGUUGAUGAAAACAAACGAUUAACCGGCAUGUUUUGGGCCGAUGGCUUGUGCAAACGUAAUUAUGCUGAGUUUGGAGAUGUCAUAUCGUUUGAUGCUACAUUUAAAACCAACAAGUAUAAAAUGGUUUCUGUACCUUUUACUGGUAUUGAUAAUCAUUGUCGAAAUGUGACACUUGGAGCCGGGUUGUUAGCAUCCGAAAGCAUUGAAUCAUACAAGUGGCUUUUACAGUCAUUUUUGAACUCAUUUGGUAAGCAGCCGAAUGUGGUUGUCACUGAUCAGGAUCCCGCGAUGAAACAAGCCAUCGAAGCAGUGUUCGAUAAGAGUAGGCACAGAUUAUGUAUGUGGCACAUAAUGAAGAAACUUGCUGAUAAGGUCGGACAUCAGCUGUGCAAUAACGAAGACUUUAAGAGACGUAUGUGUGACAUUGUAUGGACAGAUUCGAUUACGCCAGAAACGUUUGAGAGAGACUGGAAGCUGAUAAUGAUUGAUUUCGGUCUAACUGAGAAUAAGUGGAUUGAUGAUAUGUUUGGCAUGAGAUCUUCGUGGAUCCCAGCGUUCUAUCGUCAUGAGCCUAUGUCUGGGCUUAUGCGGACCACUUCUAGAUCAGAGAGCGAAAACCAUUUUUUCUGUCAAGUGGCGAAUUCUCAACUUACCCUUGUUGAGUUCUUUAACCAUUUUGAUGGUGCAAUGGACAUUCAAAGAUUCAACCAUCGGAAGAAUGACCAUAUAUCUAGAAAUACAGUCCCCGAUAACUUUUCUGAAUCUACUCUAGAGGAUGAUGCCAUGAAAAUUUACACCAGGUCAAUUUUUGCUGAUCAACAGGCAGAGUUACAAGGAACACUGUCCGAGUGCCUUCCGAUGGAGACUAAAAUUGAGGAACCUUUUUUGAAGAUAAGUAUGAAGGAUUGGAAAGCUCACGGCGACGGUUUAUUAGAGGUAUGUUUCAAGAAGGGGGAGGAUGUAAUUGCAUUAUGCACUUGUCGCAGGUUUGAACAAUAUGGAUUGUUGUGCAAGCAUAUAUAUUUCGUGUUCAAGAUGUUCAAAGUGAAGGAAAUUCCCAACAAGUAUGUAAUGAGAAGAUGGACUAAAGAUGUGGUACCGAAUGAUCUUAAUAAUACAUUUGAUAUUACUGUUGACGGUGAUGAUGCGCAUAAAAAGGCCAAAGAGGUUGCGUAUGAGAUUAUGCAGACUGGAGAGUAUCUUAUUGGUAACCUGAUCAAAGAUUUCGAUCAUCUACUUAUAGUCAGGGAUCGGAUGAGAGAGAUGAAAGAAAUGGUUGAUGAACUUCGCAUAACCAAGCCCAUCGACCCUAAGUUUGAUAGAUAUUCAAGGUUAAUUGGUUACGAGAAACCAAACACUGACGAUCCACCUACAGUCCGUGUGCCAACUGGUAUUAGAAACAAAGGACGCGGUUCACAUAAGCGCAUUAAAUCAAAAAAAGAGAAAAUUAUUAGUCUAAAAGGCAAGAGAGGUCGGACAUGCAGUCACUGCAAUAUCAAAGGUCAUGACAUUCGAACUUGCAAGGUGUUAAAGGGUGAAGCUACUGCUGCUGAUAAGGUUGCCAAUAAGGAGGGGAGGAAAAGAAGAGCAAUUCAGUUAGAGAAGGAUCCUAAUUUAGUUGAUGAAGAGGACGAGGAGGUUGAAACUGGUGACGAAGAGGAGUUUGAGGAGUCCGACGAAGCAGAAGAUAGUGAUUUUGAAUGCGAAGACGAGUAGUGUUUGAACAACAUAAACAUUCCAUAUUUAAUGAUUUUGUUAUGACUGAACUUUAUGUAAUCUAUGAC